CUUCUUUCUCAACCAUUAUUAUUUAAUCACCUUUCAAAAAUUAGAAAAACAGAAUGUAUUAAACAAAAGCCAGGUCCUAAACAGAAGUAUGGUUUCAGAAUGGGUUAUGCCAAAAAGGCUCUCGAUUACACAAUUAGAGUGAAUAAAGUUGAUGAAUUGGUUAAUUAUUUGGAAAAGUUCAUCGAAGACACAAAAUGUGAAUUAGAUAAUCGGCAGAAUGAU